GGGGCAGGCUGUCGCUCCGGAACGCGGGGGCAGUACGAGGCCCGAGCUGGUGCGCCCGGCAGCCGCCCGCAAGGUGCAGGGACCCCCGCGUCUCACCUCCGCCCGGUGCGCUCUCGCCGGCUCGCGAACGCCGCGCCGCGCUCCACCGCUGUCAUGUGUGCCGCCCCGAUGCCGUCCCUGGCGCACAUCUUCCGAGGGACAUUCAUCCACUCCACCUGGACUAGCCCCAUGGAGGUGCUGCGGGAUCACCUCCUCGGAGUGAGCGACAGCGGCAAAAUAGUGUUUCUAGAAGAGGCAUCCCAACAAGAAAAGCUGGCCAAAGAAUGGUGCUUCAAGCCGUGUGAAGUAAGAGAACUAAGCAACCAUGAGUUCUUCAUGCCCGGGCUGGUUGAUACACACAUCCAUGCCCCUCAGUAUUCUUUUGCUGGGAGUAAUGUGGACCUGCCGCUUUUGGACUGGCUGACCAUGUACACAUUUCCUACAGAACUCAAAUUCCAGAACAUCGACUUCGCGGAAGAAGUAUAUACCAGAGUUGUUAGGAGAACACUGAAGAAUGGAACAACCACAGCUUGCUACUUUGGAACAAUUCACACUGACUCAUCUCUGCUCCUUGCAGAAAUUACAGAUAAAUUUGGGCAGCGGGCGCUUGUGGGCAAGGUCUGCAUGGAUAUGAACGCUACUGUUCCCGAGUACAAGGAAACCACCGAGGAGUCCAUCAAGGAGACAGAGAGAUUUGUGUCAUGGAUGCUCCAAAAGAAUUAUUCUAGAGUGAAGCCCAUAGUGACACCACGUUUUUCCCUUUCCUGCUCUGACACUUUGUUGAGUAAACUGGGAAACAUGGCGAAGACUCAUAAUUUGCAUAUUCAGAGUCAUAUAAGUGAAACUGUAGGUGAAGUUGACGCUGUGAAGAACUUAUUUCAAGAUUAUAAAAACUACACAGAUGUGUAUGAUAGGAACAAUCUUCUGACAAACAAGACAGUGAUGGCACACGGCUGCUACCUUUCAGCAGAAGAGCUGCAGGUGUUCAAGGAGCGGGGAGCAGCCAUUGCCCAUUGCCCCAGUUCUAACUUAUCGCUCAGCAGCGGCUUUCUCAAUGUGCUCGAAGUCUUGAAACAUGAAGUGAAAAUAGGGCUGGGUACAGAUGUGGCUGGUGGUUAUUCGGCCUCCAUGCUGGAUGCGAUCAGAAGAGCAGUGAUGGUUUCCAAUAUCCUUUUAAUUAAUAAGAUCAACGAGAAAAGCCUUACCCUCAAAGAGGUCUUCAGACUAGCUACUCUUGGAGGCAGCCAAGCCCUGGGGCUGGAUAAAGAGAUUGGAAACUUUGAAGUGGGGAAGGAAUUCGAUGCCCUCCUGAUCAACCCCAAAGCAUCUGACUCUCCCAUUGACUUAUUUUCCGGGGAUCUGGCUGGUGAUACAUCUGAAGCUGUAAUCCAGAAGUUCCUCUACCUAGGAGAUGACCGAAAUAUUGAGGAGGUUUAUGUGGGCGGAAAACAGGUGGUCCCCUUUUCAAGCUCAGUGUAAGACCCUCGGCCUCUAGGAAUUCUCCUGGGAUCACGUGGUUCUGCAUCUCCCUGGUGCCCAGGCCGAGUUAGAAAGUCCAAAAAUAGUAUCUUGUUCUUGGGAUGACUCUCUCUUUCUGUGUCUAGUUACAGUACUCACUUGACGAAUCGUUUGAAGGGGGUCGUGCUAAUUCCCAGCCCUCCGGUUGGGAGGAUUCAGAAUCUCUCCCUUUUGAGCUGUUUGGAUUUACUUUAAGCUCAAAUAUAAGGGAAUGUUAUUCCUGGUGGGGUUCUUAUUGUGAGAUUUAAGUCAAAUCGAUCUUGUAUUUGGAAAUGUGGAGAGAAAAGGUAUUCCUGUAAGGCUAGAUAUGUUGAGCUAAUAAAUGUGAAAAAUCAAAAUGGAAAAUGAACUAGUAAAUAUAUUUUUAUGAGGGAGAAAAAAUUAGACUACGAACAUGCAUUGGAAAAUCACUUCAGAUUAUGAUUAAAAAUUAUGUACUGAGCAUAUUAAUUUCAGAGGAGAACUUGUUGAAUUUUAAAAUGUGUUUCUAGAUUGAUCUUGUGUUCUGGAAAUUUGCACUUAAUGGAAUUUGCAUUUCAGAGACGUGUUAUUGUUGUGCUUUGCCUUCUUUGGGGAUGAAAUGUCAGAAAUUGAAUGCCACAUGCUUUCUUCAUAUAGUUCUGUGCUGCAGAGUGUUUGACAGAGGUUGGGUGUUAAAGAUUUAAAGACUUAGGAAUAUUAUUCAUAUAACUACAGGGUACAAAUAGUGGUAUUUUUGUGUACUUUAAAAUCACCUUAAUGUAUAAAUGUGUGAUGCUAUUAUUGCUUCAGUGUUAUUAGAAAAGAAACAAACUCCAUACUCCACUGUUGUGUAGACUGGAGUCUUCAUAAACUGGGUCACGUGCUGGGCAGUAAGGAGCUACCAGUACUAAAAGGAAUGGUUUCAUCGCAAUGAUGGGGUCUCCCCAAGAGGUAUGCCAUGGUUGCUGAAUAUUUCACCCUUAGAUCUCAAUCUGGUAGAAUUUAAAAUGAAAGACAAACUCAGUUAAAUACAUUAUUAAAAAUCUUUAAACCCUGCUUACUGAAAGCACUGGAUUUUUCCAUUUUAUCCUGUUGCCUUUUUAAUUCCUUAUAAUUUUGGGGACAUUCAAAUUUUAGGAUAAUGAAAGUACAUGCCCCACUUAAGGUUUAUAGUAAUAGGACUCACCUACACUAGACAUCUAGGAACAUUACACAAAACAAAGAGUAUUUUUAUGCUUCCCAGUACAGUGUGCUUUUCCAUAACCUAUAAUUAAAAGCAAAUUUUUUAAUAAACUCUGAAGAAGUAUUGAUGUGAACGUCAUUUAAAUACUACAGUUUUCUCAUUUAAUUUCAAAUACUAUGAACCAACACGGAAAAGGAAUAGAUUUUCUUACUGUAUCUUCACACUCACACCUAGGACUCAAGUGUAACUCCUUAUAAUUUACCUUAGAGUAGGGAAUAUAAUAGGAUAUAUCUAUAUUAUAUUAGGUUCUUACAGACCUAAGAACAAAAUUCCCCCUCUUGUACUAUAAAUUUGAUCCUCAAUUAGUUGUACUAAAUCAGCAGUCUGUUUUUCCCGGUGGAAACACUUUUAGAUUUGAUUGUGUACACACAACAUCUAAUGAUGGAACACAGUUUUGGUCUUAUUUUCAUUUUUUAAAGAAUUUCUCUUAUUUGAAUACAGCUGACACACAACUUGAUCUUAUUUAAAACACACAAGCAGUUUGUGUUGUGGGAUAUUAAGUGACUCCGUAAAUUUAGCUUCCAGUGGCCAAAGGAACUUGGCUCCCUGGUGUCUAACCCACAGGAGUGGACUGAAGAAUUUAGAUCAGAUGUGUAAAAUCCUCUCAUAGGCAGCAGCUACAUUACCAGCCUUUGCAAGAUCCUACACUUGUACCUUCCUUAAGGAAGUAUGUGUCGAUGUCCAGCAUCAGUUUUCACUUCGAUGAAGGAUUCUGUAUAUAAACAGGUGUGACCUCAGCAGCAAGAAGAGUGGCCAUCUACAACCAGUCUGUCAAACAUUCCAUUUAGCCCCAGGAGUAUCUUAAGACCUGACUAUCUUUUCUGGUAAAAAUAGGAUGUGUUGAAAUGUUUACGUGUAGUUCGCUCUCCCUGCAUCUCUUAGAACUUCUGUGUUUUCGUGGUUCUCAGCGCAGUGGUCCUGAAUGUGGCGUAGGCUUUGUGCAAUAUGGCAGUCUUUGGCCGUACAUGUGGUUAGAGGCUCUACACCUUGAAAUGUUAGCUUGGCCUCAUGUGGCUUGACUUUCUGAAUUGUGGAGAAGCAGUUUUUCAAGCCAACCCUAUUUGUCACUUUAUGGUCGAAUAUUUUGCUCUCUGACAGGAAAGAAAGAAUGAAGGCUCCUUAGCAGUCCCCUCCCCUCGCUCUGUACUGGUGGAGUCGGGUUUCAUGGCGUUUGUUAAUGGAAUACACUUUAACAGGUAAAAACUGAGUUAACAGUGCUGACAGGCCUGCGUCUGAAAGAUAUUUUCUACAAGAGAACAGAAAAGGGGGCUGAUCGGGUAAGGUGAAUUGAAUUUCCAAAAGGGAAUGAAACAUGGGAUUAGGACUGAGAGGUUGUCCUGGUAAUCGUACCCUGAGACUAAGAAUCUGCUCCCUUCUUUGGUUCUUUCUCUGAUUUCAUUGUCGAAGGUGCUAGAAUGCAAGAGAAUAUCUUGGACCUAGCUCCCUUCAUGCCAGGAGGAAGUCUUUCUAAGUUACUAUUGUGAGCACUGAACCCCACAGAAUCUCUUUUUCACUGCCCUGAGAAUUCUGCAUAGUAAAGGGAGGAAAGUGAUUGGAAACUUUCCUGUUACGCUUAGCUGAUCUUGAGCCCUGGAGUGUCCCUGUUGGCAACUACAGAGGUAACACAGUGGAUGUGAGAUCCAGCAAUGUAUUCUGAACCUUUAUUCCCUUCCAGACUCUUCCUAUUUUUAAGCUUCUCACCUCAGAACCAGACAUAUGGAAAGCUUUCAAGGCAAGCUGGAAGGCCUAUUGUAUCAGGUCUACCUUGGGCGUACAUGGAAGAUAUCUAGACCUCCACUCUUUUGUACCCUAGUGGACAUCUUUUCAUUGUUGUCCAUUUUUUAAGGUUGUUGAUGCUGCUGGACACAUUCACAUGUCUAAAAGGAGCAUUCUGAAUUUUUAAAAGGUAGACUAAGAAAUGUGUCGUGGCAAUGUCUUGAAAUAAUUCUCAAAUUAAACGGACUGUUACAAAUUUUUAAGUUUUUUGUUUUUCUGGGUUUUUUGGUGAGUCUUAGAAGAGAUAUUUGCAACCUCAGAUCUACCCAGCCCCUUUCAGUAUGAUUUUGGGCCCUGACCCUUUUCAGUCUCUAUAAAGAAAGUCUGUAAAGAAGUACACAGACGAACAGACACUACUGGAAAGCCCUAGCAUUGGACCCCAUGCGUAUUUUCACAACCAGCCUCUCCCUUCCCCGCCCACAGUCCCAAAGGUGAGAGAUUGAGAGCUGAGGGGUUAGUCUGUAAAUCUAGUCCAAAUUUACUGAAAUGCAAAACUUGGGAGACCAGUGAUGGAACGCAUGUAAAUUUUUUUUUUUCAAUUACAAGUUUUAUUUAUUGUUUGUUGUCGGAACUCAUGUAAAUUCUAAGACAGCUUUCAGCGUCCACGAGGAACAGACACCAUGGGGCACUGAGUUGCCCGUUUAUUUCCUGUUCAGGAGCCUGUCAGAAAGCAUUCUCUAUCACAAACCACCUGACAUUAUAUGUCGAACUCCGGACUGCUGCUCUUAAGGACAUGUAUGUGUGUAUUCAUGAGAACAUUUUUACUCAGUAUUUGUGUGAUUUGCUUCCCUGUUCAUGUGCUGAGUGAGCUCCUUUGUGCUUCAGACAAAAAUAAAUGAGAUUUUGUGUUUA